CGCGAGCCGUCCCCGUCCAGCUCACGGACCCCGCCGUCCUGCACACUGCACACGGAUACCGCCACCGAGUCCCUGCAGGACCCGCGGGUUCCUCGUUCCAAAGACCCCGGCCGAAGCAGCCCGCCGUGCCGCCGCCGCCGCCAUGGAGUGCAAGCCCGAGCGCCUCUUCCUGGCCGUCGCCGUCGUGGUGCUGGCGGUCGCCGCCGUCGCCGGCGAGGACACCAAGGCUGCGCAGAUGGAGGCCAGCACGGUCCAGCCGCGCCAAGAUAAAUCCGACUUCAUCGCAGACGCGCUGCUCCGGGCUGGCAUGCCCGCCGGCGACGUGGGUCUGUCCUCCGUGGUGGCGCGGAACUACAAGAAGAUGGCGCAGACCAUCCUGCCGCUGCUGGUGGGCUUCAAGGCCACCGGCAUGCUCGUCAUGGCCAUGGCCGUCACCAAGUUCGUGCUGCUCAAGGCCCUGUUCCUGUCCACCACGGCGCUGCUCAUCGCGGCGCUGCUCGCCCUCAAGAAGUUCCUGUCCUCCGGGCAGCCGCACGACGUGCCCGCGGCCUACACCUACUCGCACCACGACCUGUCGCACAUGCCCUACCUCAGCACGGGCCACACCGGCGCCGAGCAGUACAUGGAGGCCUCGCACAUGCAGAUGCCGCAGGUCACGUACAUUGGCGGCUCCUACGGCCUGCAGAGCAUCCCCUACUCCGCGGCCACCGGCGCCGGCGUGGCGGCCGCGGGGGCGGGGCUGGGGGCGGCCGACGACGUCCAGGGCCUGUACUCGACCAACGCCAACACCGUCGCCGCGCUGUCCGCCGCGCAGCUGCAGCAGUUGCAGCAGUUGCAGCAGCAGGCCCUGCUCGCCCAGCAGCUGGGCAGCGCCAGCGGCGCCAACGGCACGCAGCAGGCUGGGCAGCUGCUGCAGCUGUCGAGACGCAGGCUGAACGUCCCCCCAGGAGCGACGGUUUCCAGUCCGUAUCCCUACCGGCCGACCAGGACCGAGACGAGGCCGGCGUAGGGGUUGAUGUGUACCAUCCACUGUAAAUAACGUCUUCCUAGU